AUGGGAAACCGAGACCCUAAGUUGAUCAAUUAUAAAGAGCUGGUUCUUGAAUUGAUUGACGAGUUUGAUGACAUUACUUUCUGUUAUCUCCCACGACAUGAAAACCAGAUGGCUGACGCACUGGCUACUCUAGCCUCGAUGAUUAAGGUGAACAAGUUAGAAAUCAUGAAGCCUAUUCAGAUGAGCAUAUAUGAAGUUCCGGCUCAUUGCUACAAUAUUGAAGAGGAGGGAAAAGAUGAUCACCCUUGGUAUCAGAGUAUACUACAAUAUGUGAAAAAUCAAAAAUAUCCUGAUCAAGCGACAGAAAAUGACAAAAGAACACUGAGAAGAAUAGCCAUUGAAUAUGUCUUAGAUGGGGAAGUGCUGUAUAAGAGAGGGAAAGACCAAGUGAUGUUAAGAUGUGUAGAUGUCGUGGAGGCUAGGAAGAUCUUGGAAGAAGUCCGUGAGGGUAUUUGCGAACCCAUGCAAAUGGUUUUACAAUGGCCAGACAGAUCAUGA